AUGUCGAGCUUGAAAUCCAAACGUGCCUCUUCCUCAUCCGCAGCAGGAGGGGGUCCUCCGCCCAUCACCGCGGCGCUUCCGCCACCACCGUACCCGAUGGGCAUCCUCCCGCACUACACGCGUCAUGCGACGCCCAUCACGCUGCGCAUCCGCGAGCUCAAAUCCCCCUUUGGCGGCGACGACUUUGUCAUCAAGGACGCGCUGACCCGCCAGCCUAUUCUGCAAGUCGAGGCCAAGAUGUUCAGCUUCAGCGCCAAGAAGACCAUGCGCGACCACACGGGCAGGCCGCUGUUCGACUUCCGACGCACCAGCACCUUCUCGCCGGCAAAGGUGUUUGGCGGGUAUGCCUGCGGUUCGAACAAGAAGCUGUUCGAGGUCGAGAUGUUGGGCAUUUUCAAGCCGAAGCUCAACAUCGAGUUUUACAACCAUGCUGGUGACGGGAAGGCCGAACGCUGGGUACUGAGGGGCCAGUGGUUGAGCGGGUCGUCGCAGAUCACUACGCAGUCUGGGGUGGUGGUUGCGAGCAUCUCGAGAGAUUACGCCAACAUGGGUCAGAUCUUCUUCAAUGUACAAACGUACGACGUCACAGUGGCACCGGGCAUCGACGCUGCGUUCGUCUCGGCUGUGUGCGUCUGCCUUGACGAGGCUUAUAACGACAAGUGA